AAUGGGCAGCGUGGUCUCAAAUUUUGACCUGUUUAUAAAACAUGCUGUCAAAAUGAGAAGUAUUUUGAACGGGAAUUAGCAAAAUUAGCUUGAUAGCUUAGAUAUUGAAAAAGAAUGCUUUAUUUUCUAAUUCCGACGGGUUCGGUGAAUCCAAAUGUGAAACUUGAGGGGUUAGGUACAUUUAGCAAGGUUAAGAACCACGUCUUUAUGGUUAUGAUGUGAUGUUACAAGCUAGUUGUGCAUUGUUCCGAUCACCAGAGGUCUCUGUUGAGGUCUCGAGUUGAUGGAAACCGUCCGAGAAAAUGUUUUGAAGGUCCUGAUUUUCUUGAGUCCCAGAAGUCUUGAUCUUGCCUCGAUCCCACUGAUUUCUGGCUUGGGCAGGUUAUCUUUCACCUCGACCGGUGAGGUUGGACGGACGUAAAGAGUGGCAGACAUGUCUUACUGCAAGCAAGAAGGUAAAGAUCGAAUUAUCUUUGUGACCAAGGAGGACCAUGAGGCCCCGAGUAAUGCCGAGCUGAUUGCAGAUGAUCCGCAUGAUCCAUAUGAAGAACAAGGCCUCAUAUUGCCUAAUGGUGACAUCAACUGGAACUGCCCGUGCCUCGGCGGCAUGGCUAGCGGACCUUGUGGCUCUCAGUUCAAGGAGGCCUUCUCAUGCUUUCACUACAGUAAGGAGGAGGUGAAGGGCUCAGAGUGCAUUGACCACUUCCGUAACAUGCAGGAAUGCAUGCAGAAGUACCCUGAGCUCUAUCCUCAGGAGGAAGAUAAGGAAAGCCUUGAUCCGCCGCCGCAGGCCAACUCUGCUUCUGACUCAACCGAGGACCCUGCCUUAUUGCAGCAAACAGACGUAAGCUCACAGACAGACAGCCAGACUGCCAGCUAAGAUUAGCUGUCAUUCUCAGGCUCUUUAAUCUCGGAGAACGAGUAAAGCCCUGCGCUGCAUAGGUUUAUAUGCUGUCGUCAGUAAAACUAAUUGAGAAGCCCUGUACUGUAGUGGCUUUAAUGGGCGGCACCAGACAAAGACUUGAGGCAAAAACAUACAUGAUAUUACUGUAUGUUGGUGGUUAUGCGCAACCAUUCCUGGAACUUCCCAUGGACCCAACAAAAGAUCGGAGCAUCUCUAUACCCAAGUUUUCCUUAUUUGUAUGACUGAAAUUAAUACGUUCUGUUCUUUUCAUGCCAGCAUGUGCAUUAUACUACAAACGAUUAUAACCAUAACUUAAAGAAAAACUAUUGUACUGCCUUACAUCCCAUUUUCAACACUGUUUGAUUGUAUCUGUCUGACACGCUGGUGUGUUCCUUCUAUGUGAAGAACUUGGAUCUAAAUGUUUUAAAUUGAUAUUCCUUACCAACCACCUUUGUUAUUCGUACUUGUUAAUGUUGGACUUGAGCGUUCAAAAGUUUGUUGAUUUGUAGCUAGCAUGUCACAAGAGGAAAUGUUAGAUUGAAACUGGUAAACUUCACUCAGCGACCACUUUAUUAGGAAUACCAAUCCACCUGCUCAAUAAGUAAUUAUACUAAUUACAAUUUCAAAUCAGCCAAUCCCAUGGCAGAAACUCGAUGCAUUUUGGUAUGUAGACAUUUUCAUGGUCAGCUCAAGGUCAUGCUUUUAAAACUCUGCAUCAGACUUGGUUAUGUUGAUGUAAGAUAAUUUUUGGUGCUAGACAGACUGCUAUUGUAAUGAGUAUUUUAAUAGUUGCUCCGCAACUGGGAUUCUCGCACACAAUGUUUACAGAGAAUGGUCCGAAAAAUAGAAAACAUCCAGUGAACAGCAGUUCUCUGGGUAAAAAUGCCAUGCCCAAGACAGGAUCCAGCUGAUAGAAAGGCAACAGGACCUCAAAAGACUGCUCGUUACAACUGAGGUAACCAGAAGAGCAUCUUUAAAAACAUGUCAAACCUUGAGAAAAGAUGCUCCUGUCCAAACCAGUCUGGUCAUUCUUGGCAUCAACAAGUCAAUUUCUAAACCCUAAAGACUGUUGUGUGUGAGAAUCCUUGUAGCUCCGCAGUUUCUGAAAUACUGUACUCUCACCAGCCCGUCUGGCAGUAACAGCAGUGCCAUGUUCAAACUCAAGUCACUUAAAUCAAGUUUCUUCCCCAUUCUGAUGCUCACUUUGGAAAGAUGCAGACCAUCUUCUUCACCAUGUCUACAUGCCUAGAUGCAUAGAAGAUUUUUUCUUUUUCAUCUGUCGGCGGGAAAAAUAAAUGCUUUGCAUUGAAGAUUUCUUUGU